CGCUCGUCGAGUCUGUCGUUUCUCCGAAGUAAGAGGCGGAUAUUAUUGGGGAGAAAGGAGGAAUUGAGUUGCCCAAGCGAGCACGAGCGAUAGAAAUAUAAAUACUGGAUGGUAUAUGGCCGACAACUGCAGGUUUAAUAUCUGCCGUAUAGAUAUUUAUGUGUUUGUACAAGCUUUUAUUGAAGCAAUCAAGGUAUAGAACGAGGUGCCCCUUUGUAAGAUCCGAGUUUGCCGGUAUUCGCGGUCGCCGGGAGGUGCACAGCAACCCCUUCUCAUUAAUCCUGUGCUGUUCGUUGAAUGAUUUUCUUUUAUCAGUGGAUGUGAACUGGACAAUCGCGUUAACAGGGCGGCCAUGGGCUUGACCGGUAAGCGGUGGGAGAAAGGGCCGGUGUGCUGGAGGCGGAGGGUGAAGUCCGAGUACAUGCGGCUGCGGCAGCUCAAGAGGUUCCGGAGAGCGGACGAGGUCAAGAGCAUGUUCAACUCCAAUCGGCAGAAGAUAGCGGAGCGCACCGACAUCCUGAACCAGGAGUGGAAGCUUCGCCGGAUCCAGCCCGUCAACAUCAUGGCACCCGUAAGCUCCUUGCGAGGGACCAGAGAGUGCUCUGUGGGCAGUGGCUUCUCCGAAUUUUCCAAGCAAGUCAUUCCGCUGAAGACCCUGAAUGCCGUGGCCUCCAUACCUGUGAUGUACUCCUGGUCCCCCCUGCAGCAGAACUUCAUGGUGGAGGACGAGACGGUUCUGCACAACAUCCCCUACAUGGGCGACGAGAUCCUGGACCAGGACGGGACCUUCAUCGAGGAGCUGAUCAAAAACUACGAUGGAAAGGUCCACGGGGACAGAGAGUGCGGCUUCAUCAACGACGAGAUCUUCGUGGAGCUGGUGAGCGCCCUCACGCAGUACAGCGACGACGAGGAUGACGAGGAGGAGGAAGAGCGCCCGGACUACCGGGUGGAGAGGGUGGACCUGUGUGACGGCGGGGACGACGCGGACGACGGCAGGAAGGACCGCCUCUGCUCUGAGGGCAGGGACAGUGAGGGCUCCAAGAAGUUCCCCUCCGACAAGAUAUUCGAGGCGAUCUCGUCGAUGUUCCCGGACAAAGGAUCGCCUGAGGAACUCAGAGAAAAGUACAAAGAGCUGACGGAGCAGCAGCUGCCUGGGGCGCUCCCCCCAGAGUGCACCCCGAACAUCGACGGCCCCAACGCCAAGUCCGUGCAGCGGGAGCAGAGCCUGCACUCCUUCCACACCCUCUUCUGCAGACGCUGCUUCAAAUACGACUGCUUCCUGCACCAGCGUACCCACACCCACUCUACAGCUUUCCACGCGACGCCGAACACGUACAAGCGGAAGAACAUGGAGAACCUGGUGAACCGCAAACCCUGCGGAGCCAGCUGCUACAUGAAUCUGGUGCAGGACGGCAUGGUGAGGGAGUACCCGCCCAGCGCGGCUGCCGCAGAGAGGGAGAGGGAGCGGGACAGGGAGAGGGAGAGGGCGAAGACGCCCUCCAAGCGGCCGGCGGGGCGACGCAGGGGGAGGCUCCCCAACGGCGGGAGCCGCCCCGGCACGCCCACCGUCAGCGCCGACACCAAGGACACGGACAGCGACCGGGACGCCGCCGGCGACGACGACGACAAGAGGGACGAGACCACCAGCUCCUCGGAGGCUAACUCGCGCUGCCAGACCCCCGUGCUGAAGCUGAGCUCGGAGCCCCCGGAGCCGGUGGACUGGAGCGGGGCCGAGGCCUCCCUCUUCAGGGUGCUGAUCGGCACGUACUACGACAACUACUGCGCCAUCGCCCGGCUCAUCGGCACCAAGACCUGCAGACAGGUUUACGAGUUCCGGGUGAAGGAGUCCAGUAUUAUCGCCCGCGCCCCCGCAGAAGACGUGGACACCCCGCCCAGGAAGAAGAAACGGAAACACAGUAGGUUGUGGGCCACGCAUUGUAGGAAAAUCCAGCUGAAAAAAGACGGCUCCUCCAAUCACGUGUACAACUACCAGCCAUGUGACCACCCCCGCCAGCCCUGCGACAGCUCCUGCCCCUGCGUCAUCGCCCAGAAUUUCUGUGAGAAGUUCUGCCAGUGCAGCUCCGAGUGUCAGAACCGCUUCCCCGGCUGCCGCUGCAAGGCGCAGUGCAACACCAAGCAGUGCCCGUGCUACCUGGCGGUGCGCGAGUGCGACCCCGACCUCUGCCUGACCUGCGGCGCCGCCGAGCACUGGGACAGCAAGAACGUCUCCUGCAAGAACUGCAGCAUCCAGCGGGGCGCCAAGAAGGUGAGGGAGCGCCACGCCUGGGCGGGACACAAGAGGACAAAAACGCACUUACUGCUGGCCCCCUCUGACGUGGCCGGCUGGGGCAUCUUCAUCAAAGAGCCGGUCCAGAAGAACGAGUUCAUCUCGGAGUACUGUGGAGAGAUAAUCUCCCAGGACGAAGCGGAUCGCAGGGGCAAGGUGUACGAUAAGUACAUGUGCAGCUUCCUCUUCAACCUGAACAACGACUUUGUGGUGGACGCCACUCGGAAGGGCAACAAGAUCCGCUUCGCCAAUCACUCGGUCAACCCCAACUGCUAUGCAAAAGUAAUGAUGGUGAACGGAGACCACAGGAUCGGCAUCUUUGCAAAGAGGGCCAUACAAACGGGCGAGGAGCUUUUCUUUGACUACAGGUACAGUCAGGCGGACGCUCUGAAGUACGUGGGCAUCGAGCGGGAGAUGGAGAUGCCCUGAUCCUCCUCCUCACACCAGUGCCUUCUCUCUUCAGGAUGUUUAUACUACCCACACACACGCGUUUCUAAAACCUUUUCUGUACACAGGUCCUUUUCUGAGGCAACAGAGAUUAAAUGCGAUCACGCUCGGUAGAACCGUUAUUCUGUCAGUGUUUCUGCUGCCCCUUUAACUUUUUAGAACGGCUGAGCUUUUUUUGUUUGUCUUUUUCGAAUAGCACGUUACCAGCAAUGAAACCGUUGAACACAAUCUGCAAUACUUGAACAGUCAUCACCACCCCCCUUGUGCUUACGGCUGGAAAUAAAAACAGGCUUCAAACGGG